AUGUGGAAGGGUGGUCAUGCUUUUGUUGAUUCAAAGAAAUAUGAUCUCCCUGGAUAUGCAGAAUUGCAAGGUGAUGUAGGACAACUUGGAGGGUUCGGUUAUGCCAAAGGAAAUUUAAGACAGCUUUUUAAGACCUCUGAUUUAAUUGGUUUUGCAGUGAAAAGGGGCACUUCAAGGGGAUGCCUUUUCCAUCGUGUAAUGAAGCAUUAUGUAAUUCAAGCAGGGGAUGGUGGUCUUCUUGGGGAUACAGAAGACUGGACUUUGAGAGGGAAGCAUUAUAGUCAACUUGAUACGUGUUUGAAACGUGAGGCAUUCAUGUUUGGAGCUUCCAAGACAAAGCAUGAUGACCGAGGAGAAGAUGUUGUUCAAGAAAUUGAAGAGAACAUACCUAGAUCUCAUGCUGGGAUCAUUGAUGUGACUUGGAGGCAGAAAAUCUAA